CAGAGCAAAUUUGUAUUUUAUAUUAGCACCAGAAAUAAGAUUAUCAUUAUGGGAUUAUUGUUAUUAUUAGUAUUAUUAAUAUUAUUGUUAUCAUUAAUGUUCACAGCAAGUUUACAAUCACUCUCUUAAUAAAUAUGUUUUUUGUAAAUAUAAGAAAUGGUUAAAUUAUUUACGUUUAUUGCAAUGUAUACACUGUUAUAUACUGACUUAUAACUAUAUAUUUUCAAUUGGAUCAAUCAAGUACAUACUCUAAAUGAAUGUGGUCAUAAUAGCUUUUCAAUUUUUAUUUUAAUCGGUUAGUAAGAUACUGCAAAAAGUGGAAGAAAUCAAUCUUUUAUACCAGCAUAUAUUUUUAAUAGAUUUAUAUUUCUUUCAUAGAUAUAUAUAGUUCUGUUUAAAUAAUUUUUAACAGACUGACACAAAACUCUUGUGUUGUGUUUAUAUAAACAUUUGCAUUUUGUCGAUUAAAUUUCUACAUUAUAAAAAACAUAAAUUUCUUUGGUUCCAGCAAGUUUUUAUAAAUAAUCUUAUAAACAUUCAUUAAAUCAUAUAUUUAAAUAUAGUUCUUAAACGAAAAAGUAUAUUUUUCAAACAUAAAGCAAAAGAAUUCUCCACUUGAAUGCGUUACACAAGCAUGCAUUAUAGAUAAAUAUUAAUAUUCGAUAAAAGGCAACACAAAAUGGUUCAAUUCCAGGGCAUUGUACAUGGUACUAAUGAAUUUAAAUGAAAUUAAAUUAGUAUAGAAUACAGUUUUUGUAUGUAUCACCUGAUAUUACAACAAACCAAUCUAUGUAAGGUUUGUAAAAUUGAUUAAUACCAUAUAAUGCUUUAAGGGUCUACACCGCUCUAAAAUUAGGUGAUUUUCGGGAAUUUUUUUUUUUUAAGAACGUAACGCUACACAAAUGCCUUCAGCUGAAUCCAGCGAAGAAGAUUUUUUACAUAAACGACGAUGAGUGAUAAUAGUGUUCGUGUGGCAGUACGCAUUCGUCAUUUAAUAGAGACAGAAAUUGAACGAGGCUGUCAGACAUGCCUAAAAGUUGUUCCUGAUGUACCUGAAAUAGUAAUUGAUAAUAGAGAUAAAUCUUUUACAUUUAAUUAUGUUUUUCCCCCCGCUAUUAAUCAAGAAGAUUUUUAUAAUACUUCUGUUAAGGACAUAAUAAAAAACAUUUUCGAGGGCUAUAACGUAAAUAUAUUAGCCUAUGGUCAAACAGGUAGCGGUAAAACAUAUUCAAUGGGGACAAAUUACAACAUUGGAGCAGAUAAUUUAAGCGUUAUUCCACGAACAGUUAAUGAUAUAUUUGAUAUAGUUUCCUUAAAAGAAGAGUGGAAUUUUAAAAUUACAGUUUCUUUUAUGGAACUAUAUCAGGACCAAUUAUAUGACUUAUUAACUGAUAAGCAACGAAGUCAAUCUAUGGUGAAUAUAAGAGACGAUGGUAAAAAUAUAAACGUUAUCGGAAUUGUAGAAAACGGAGUCACAAAUGAGGCGGAAACAUUACUUUGUUCAAUCAUUUUCUCUCAUAUUCACUCUUUUUCUCUCUCUUGCUUUCUCUCUCCUCUUUUUAAAUUUUUCUUUUUUACAUUUCCAAAAAUGUUUAUAUGUUAAAUCAUACUCCAAUGGUAAAUAAAAUACAAUAAAUAACUGAAAGUAUUCCAUAACGUAGGUACUUUAUGGUUCAUCAAUUUGUAAAAAAUAUUCAAUCAUAUUAACGUGAAAUAAAGUAAAAUUAAAAAGAAUUUUUAAAAAUGAUCAUGUA